AUGGAGAGGAUGGGCUUCGGUCUAUCGAUUGCGCCCAAAUUCAUGGACAUAAUCGUCAAGUGGGUCCUCCGUGCGUAUGCUGAUGUGGACAACUAUGUCAACGAUUUGUAUGCUCCGAAGCCUCGUCUGCGUGCUGUCACCGAUCAGUUGUCGCAGUACUGGUUGCCCACCAAGCCAGCGGAGCCAGUCGUCUCUGCUAGGGUACUCGGCCUGCUGCUGUCGGAGUCUGCAGAUGGCCAAGUGAGGUGGAAGCGUCGUGGUGACGUCAUGCCGACCUGUCAGCCCGGUGCCGUCACACGGCGCGAGAUUUUCAAGUGGUGUGGCAAGCUGACCAGCCGCUAUCCUGUCGGCUCCUGGCUGCGCGCGGCGUGCAGUUAUCUGAAGCGUCUGUCUAGCCUUCAGCCUGGACGGGACGAUCCAGUGUCUCAUGAAGUCGUCGCUUGUUGUGCGGAAGUCAUUCACCGUCUGCAGACCGAUGACCCUGCGCAAGGUGUGUGGUCAGUUCCUGAAGACGCACAGUGGUCGUUGUGGUGUGAUGCUUCAGACAUCGCACAUGGUGCUGUCACUCAGGCCGAUAGUAUGAUUGUCGAGGAUGGCUGCUGGCUGCGGCAGAAGGACGACCGGCGACACAUUAACAUCGCUGAGCGUGACGCCGUGAUCAAGGGGUUGCACCUUGCCAUGCAGUGGCAAGUGAUGGAGCUCACGCUAUUCACCGAUUCCAAGACUGUGGCUGCUUGGUUGCAAUUGGUGCUUGGCAAGGUGUCUCGUGUUCGCGUCAGCGGCCUGCAGCAGGUACUUGUACAGCGCCGUCUCCAGAUUAUCACUGAUCUCGUCGCUGUCACGGGCUUGACAGUCAAGGUCCAGUGGAUCAGCAGUCAGCAGAACAAGGCGGAUCAAUUGACCCGUGUUCCCAGCAGCUGGAUCCGAUGUGGCAAGACGCUCCUUUCUCGGAUUGCACCGUCCGUCACCGCUGCGGUGGUGACCGUUAGUCCAUUCUCAUUGGACAGAGUAUGUGCUGCUCAUAAUGCAGAUCCUCGGAUUGUUGCGACUCGCCAGCAAGUCAUCGAUGGUGACCCAGUUACUGAUCCUGCGUUUGUCAAGGUCAAGUCACAGCUCGUAGUCCAUGAUGGUAUGCUGUGUCGAAGUGUGAAGUGGCCGCCCAAUGAUGCAGUCGUCAUUCCUGUUAUUCCUAGUUCACUCGAGUCCGAUAUCGUUCGUGCUGCUCAUGUGAACUGUGGUCAUGAGUCUUGGGAGGGUACAUGGCGCUUCCUCCGCUCGAAGUGCUAUUUCCCGAACAUGGCUGCCCAAUGUCAGCAGUUUUUUUGUGCGCCACUGUUCGCCGUGUGCUGCUGCCAGCCUAACCAAGGGCGUUUCGGCGGAUGCCAGUCGCCCUGUGGUGGCUGA